GUAGCGACCGAGCAUCCAAUGGCCGGUGAUUUUAUCCGAAGGUGCGCACCAAAUUAAUACACAAGUUGGCUUCCUCUUUCGCGCACAUUGCCGUUUCGAUCGCUUCGAAAGCAAAGCAACACCACCACCACGUAGAAGAAACAUUCAACACCCGCCACCGCCCUCAGCCGUCGUCUUUGGCGAUCCAUCUGAAUCUCCGUGUCAUCAGAGAGAAAUUUAGGGAGAGAUGAGCAACGUAUUUGAAGGGUACGAGCGCAACUACAGUGAGCUCUCCGCCAACCUCACCAAAAAGUGUACGGCAGCUGGUGCUCUCGAUGGAGAACAAAAGAAGCAAAAGAUUUCUGAAAUAAAGGCUGGAAUCGAUGAUGCAGAAUCUUUGGUAACGAAAAUGGACCUUGAGGCAAGAAGUUUGCCACCAAAUAUUAAGGCUGUGCUUCUUGCUAAGUUGAGGGAAUAUAAGUCGGAUCUGAAUAAUCUGAAAAGCGAAGUUAAAAGACUUGUGUCUGGAAACGCAUAUGCAACUGCCCGAGAUGAGUUGCUGGAAUCAGGCAUGGCUGAUGCUCUGACAGCAUCAGCUGAUCAAAGAUCAAGGCUAAUGAUGUCAACCGAGAGAUUAAACAAGUCCAGUGACAGAGUUAAGGACAGCAGAAGAACCAUGCUGGAAACAGAAGAGCUUGGUGUUUCAAUCCUCCAAGAUCUGCAUUCACAGAGACAAUCUCUGUUACAUGCUCAUACCACGCUUCAUGGAGUGGACGACAACAUAGGGAAAAGCAAGAGAGUCCUGACUUCCAUGGCGAGGAGGAUGAACAGGAACAAGUGGCUUAUUAUUGCAGUUAUCACCUUUCUUGUCAUUGCGAUCGCUUUAGUCUUGUACUUCAAACUUAAAUAAGCCAAGACAUUUUCUCUUGCUAAGCCUGUGGGUGUUUCGAACGAAACUGAUUUUCAUUUUUCCUGAUUCUCCUUGUUUUUCGAGUGCAAAUUGAGUUUGUCAAGAUGGAGAUCCUUGAUUGUGUAGUAAUGGAAACAUAUUGAUACGUUCCAAACA